AUGGUGCGAAAAUAUAAAAAAAAGGGUACGCGUACUCAAGAGGUGGAUGAAGAGUCCAUGAAAUUAGCAACUGAUGACGUAAUUCAAGGACGGUUGUCAUAUAGGAAAGCCGCGUUGAAAUAUAACAUCAAGACAUCGACGUUAGAAAGCAGAGUCAAGAAAUUCAAAGAUGGCUCUAACACCGAUAGACCCCCACGAACAUUUCAUUCUAAGUUCACAAGUCUACAAGUCUUCUCCUUGGAAGAAGAGACACGCUUAAAUGAUUACAUUAUUAAUUGCUGCAAAAUGCAUUAUGGGCUAACAACAGUACAAAUUCGCAAACUUGCCUACGAAUACGCGAAAGCGUUAAAUUUAAAAUAUCCCACGAAAUGGGAUGAAAACCAAAUGGCCGGCUUAGAGUGGAUGCGUAAGUAUAGAGAAAGAAACGCCAACCUCAGUCUGCGAAAGCCGGAAAAUACAAGCGCAGCUAGAUCGUUCGCCUUCAAUAAGACUGCAGUUCAUGAGUUCUAUAGUAAUUUGGCUGAUGUGUUACAGCGACAUAAUUUUGCUGCCGACAGGAUAUUUAACUUUGACGAGUCUGGUGUGUCUACAGUUUUAGAAACUCCUAAAAUUUUGGCUCCUAAAUCACAGAAACAAGUGGGACAAAUCGUGUCGGCGGAAAGAGGCGAAUUGAUGACAUUUGGCGCAAUUAUUUCUGCAAGCGGAAAUACUAUCCCUCCGCUAUUUGUAUUUCCACGUGUACACUACAAGGACCAUUUCCUUGAAGGUGCGCCUGAAGGAAGCCUCGGAGCUGCUAAUAGAAGCGGGUGGAUAAAUGCUGACAUAUUUGUUUCUGUAUUGAAACACAUACAGAAACACACACUGAGCUCUAAAGAGCACCCAAUUUUGCUUUUAUGUGAUAAUCACGAAAGCCAUAUUAGCUUACAGGCUAUCACAUACGCUAGAGAUAAUGGCAUCAUUUUUGUGUCUUUUCCCCCGCACACAAGUCAUCGAUUGCAACCUUUAGACGUUGGAGUGUUCGGCCCAUUCAAGGCGAAGUUGAAAAUAGCGUUCAAUAAUUGGCAUAUGUCAAAUCCUGGCAAAACAAUCAACAUUUAUAAUAUACCUAAACUAGUUAAACUUGCAUAUUUUGAAUCUUUUACCGCCAAAAAUAUUACAAGUGCACUUGAAAAGCCAGGUAUAUGGCCGUUCAAUGAAAUGGCCUUCAGUGAUGAAGAUUUCGCUCCCAUUGAAGUGUACGCAUCAAAUAAUUCAGUAAAUAGGACAUCUAAUCCGGAUACAAGUACUGUCGCUCUAGAACUACAGCCUUCCACCAGCGUGCCAUCGACUGAGGCAGAUAUUCGUGAGCAGUCGCCUUCUCUGCUUCAAAAUUCUCUUUUUACCGGAAUUGGCGAACCUUCCACCUCUGCGGCUGAGACACAACCUGAACCGAGUGCUUAUAUUCCCAUCACACCAGAAGUCAUAAGACCUUACCCUACAGCGGCAAGAACCAGAAAAACCGAUAAAGGACGAAAACCGGGUAAAUCCCGCAUAUAUACAGAUACACCGGAAAAAAAUGAACUAGAAGAGAGACAUAGACUGAAAGAAUUGAAAAAAAUAGAACAGGAAAGGAAAGCCAGAGCCAAAGCAGUGAAACGUAGUUUGAAGGAACUUAAUUCAAGACAAAAGAAAAAGAAACCUAAGCAAAUAGAAAGUGAUGAAGAUUCAGAGGAAACUGAAGGAUCACAAUUUAGCUUGCGGGAGAGUUCAACAUCUCCAAUCGAUUUCGAAACGGACGAAGAAACUGAUGAUCGGAGUAUCAAUGAUAAUUUAAAUGUGACACCAGAGAAAAUCAAAGAUAAUUGUUUUCUUUUGGUAAAGUUUGCAAAAAAGACUUCUGUUGUUUAUUACAUCGGAAAAGUUCUCAGUCAUUAUUCGCCUACAGAGCUGAAAAUAUCUUACCUUCGGAAGAAACCGGGAUCAUGGUCAUUCUUUUUCCCUGAUAUAGAAGAUAUACACACUCUGUAUAUCAGCGAUGUCGCCAUGAUCCUCCCUGAUCCACAACCACGAGCGGGUUGUACAGCUAGAAUGGCUAGACUUUUUACUUUUGCAGUUAAUUUAAAUAAUUAUAACGUGCAAUAA